UGCAAAUUUAUUUUCAUUCAUCUAUCUUUCUCCAACCUCGUCGCGUCUUUAGCCAACACUGCUGAUGAGUUCGUUGACUCCUGCGGCAUCAAAACAAAAUACAACAGAAAAGACUUCCAAAGUUUCAGUGUAGUUGCAUUGGUCAUCUGCACUCUACUUUUCCCUGUGUGCGACUUUCGUUUCUUGGAAGAUCAGACACCUAGGAUUCUAACACAAGAUGACAUCGUCAGGUAAAUUGUCGAACAUUGUCGUCCCGACAUUGAGCACACGGAUGACGCCAUUACAGCAGAUAUGUACCCUGGAUGUGUACAAAGAGACGCAUCCAUACAGGAUGACUAACAUUAUCUGUACUGUCGGUCCAUCCUGUGACAGUGUGGAGACGCUGUCUCAGAUGAUCGAGCAUGGAAUGAAUAUCUGUCGUUUCAAUUUGGCUCAUGCUGAUCACGAAUACCACGCAAAGAUCUUGCGCAAUCUCCACGAAGCGGUGUCUCAGAGCAAGCAGAAGGCUCUGGCGGAAGUAGCCACAGCUGUUGACAUCAGUGGACCAGGAAUCCGUAUUGGUCAGUUCAAACAGGACAUGAAGCUACCCCUUAAGCUUGUCAGUGGCCAGAGAGCAAAGUUCAGCAGCGAGGCGAGCCUGAAGGAUUCUAUGGAUGCGGAGAACAUUUAUGUCGAGCAGAGCUUUAUCUCCAGGGCUGAGGUCGGGAACCAAGUAUUUAUUGAGUACGGACCCCUCAGCUUCGAAGUGCUGGAGAAAGACGAGACGUCGCUGACGUGCGUGGUGGUGAACCCAGGGGAGAUAAAAAGCCACCAGCCGUGCCACAUCCCCCGAUCUCUCCCCUGCUUGCAGCCGCAACUCACAGACAAAGACAAGCAAGACCUGGCUUUUGCCGUGGAACACAAUGUGGACAUUGUGCUAGUGUCGUGGGUGUGGAGUCCAGAGUUUGUCGCGGCCGUCAAGGCUGAGCUGGGCAAGGAAGUGGCAGCCAGGGUGAAGGUCAUCGCGAAAAUUGAGAACUACCAGGGAGUGAAAAGCGUGGAUGAAAUUUUGAAAGUGGCUGAUGGCAUCAUGGUAGCGCGCGGUGACCUUGGCAUUGACAUCCCGCCUGAGAAGGUGUUCCUGGCGCAGAAGAUGAUGAUAGCACGAGCCAACAGGGCUGGCAAGCCAGUCAUUUGUGCCUCACAGAUGCUGGAGAGUAUGGUGACCAAUGCGAGGCCGACGCGUGCCGAAGCGAGCGAUGUGGCCAAUGCCAUUCUUGACGGGGCUGACUGCGUGAUGCUUUCGAAAGAGACUGCUAUUGGGCGUUAUCCUGUCUCAGCAGUGAAGACCUUGAACUCUGUCUGUCAGGAGGCUGAGAAUGCCGUGUACCACGCCAAGGCAUUCACCGAGAUCCGCAACGUCACCCCUCUGCCCACAGACAAACCACGCGCCACCGCCAUAGCUGCAGUGGAGGCUGCUCUACGUUGUCAUGCCUCGGCCAUUGUUGUCAUUACGAGUUCUGGCAGAUCAGCCAUGGACAUCGCCCAGUACCGUCCUCACUGUGUGGUCAUCGCUGUAACCAAGUCCAUCCACACGGCCCGCUGCCUAAACCUGUACCGUGGCGUCUUCUCUGUGGUCCACACAGGAGCCAGCUGUGAUGAGUGGUAUAUGGACGUGGACAUGAGGAUUCACUACGCCCUGCAGCGAGCGCGGGAACGGGGCUACGUCAAGACUGGGGAGACAGCCAUCCUGGUGACGGGCUUCCAGUCCGGGCCUGGCUUCACCAACACGGUGCGCAGCGUUCGCAUCCCGCCCGAGGAGCACAAGCCUCACUACCUGAACCUCCCCGGCACUAUGCGGCACCUGGGGGUCGACGACCCCGCCUCCCUGGACAGCCAGAGUGAUGAUGAUCUCGACUUCUAGCCAGCAAUUAGCUUCCCAAUUAAAACAUUUUUGAGGGGGAGGGGGGGGAGGGGGAUCUCAAUUUUAAGCGAGGAGGAGGAGCUUGCUAGAACAUGGAGGAGGAGCUUAGUUUCCAGCUCAGAGGAGCUUAAUUUUUAGCACAGAGGAGCUUAAUUUCUAGCACAGAGGAAGAGCUUAAUUUCUAGCCAGAGGAGCUUAUAAUUUUUAGCACAGAGGAGGAGCUUAAUUUCCUGUGAGGAAGAAGAGCUUAAUUUCUUGCAAGGAGGAGGAGAUUGCUAGAACACAGGGAAGGAGCUGAAUUUGUAGCAUGGAGGGUGAUCUCAGUUUUUAGCUGCAAGGAGCUUAAUUUUUUUACCAACAAGCUCAGUAUGUAGUGGCCUAAAGCCCAAUAUCUGCCUGUGACGAGCUUAACUUCUAACACCGUGAAGCUCAGUUUCUAGUGGUGACAAGCUCUAUUUGUAGGAUUAAUGUACUCAAUUUCUUGCAACUUUAUUUGCUGGGGAUUUGAGGGUGCCACCGGCAGGUCCUACUUCUUUUCUUUCCAUCUGUUGUUUCUGCGUGUCUGUCUUGUCCUUCUUACUUUUCCACAGCACAUGAGGGAAUGCA